AUGCUCUGUUGUGAUCAUUACAAUGUCAGACCAGAUAUCGUAACAUUAGGCAAAGCCCUUUCUGGCGGUCUCUACCCAAUUUCGGCAGUUUUGGCUGACGAUGAAAUUAUGUUAACAAUAAAACCAGGCCAACACGGGUCAACUUAUGGAGGAAAUCCUUUAUCUGCAAAAAUAGCAAUAGAAGCAUUACAAAUUAUUAAAGAAGAAAAUUUAUGUGAAAAUGCUUCAAAAAUGGGAAAUUUAUUAAUUAAUGAAUUGAAUAAGUUACCCAAAAAUGUGGUCACUUCUGUUAGAGGGAAAGGACUUUUAUGUGCUAUUGUUAUUAAUGAAUCUAUAAAUGCUUGGGAUGUUUGCCUUAAAUUAAAAGAAAAUGGCCUUCUAGCUAAAAAUACCCACAAACAAAUUAUCCGAUUUGCGCCUCCUUUGGUAAGCUAA